CCUCUCCCAGGCAGGAAGCGAGAGAGCGCGGCUGGCCGUAGGAAGAGCAGCCGCCGCCGCCCAGCAUGCCCUCGCCUGCCCCAGGCGGCCUCCGCGCCUUGCGCUCUUCUUAGCCGAGUCGCCGCCUCAGCUUCGUCUCGGCCCCGGCCCCAUGGUGGUUGAGGGGCAGCGCUCUGCUGCGGCGCGGGGAGGCGGCAGAGGAGGAGGUGGAGAAGGAGGAGAACGAGAAGGAGGAAGGCAUGGCCGCCCAGGGGGACAGCUGCACCGUCAAGGUGGCCGUGAGGAUCCGUCCUCAGAUGCCAAAGGAGAAGAUAGAAGGAUGCCACAUCUGCACAUCAGUGACACCUGGCGAACCCCAGGUGCUCUUGGGAAAGGACAAAGCCUUUACCUACGACUUUGUCUUUGACCUGGAUACGUGGCAGGAACAAAUCUACACAACCUGUGUGAGCAAACUCAUCGAGGGCUGCUUCGAGGGGUACAAUGCAACUGUGUUGGCAUACGGCCAGACAGGUGCAGGUAAGACGUACACCAUGGGAACCGGCUUUGACGUGAACAUUUCCGAAGAUGAGAAUGGCAUAAUUCCACGGGCCAUUACCCACCUAUUCUCUGGCAUAGAGGAGCGCAAGCGGGCAGCGCAGGAACAGGGUGUGCCAGUACCAGAGUUUAAAGUCAGUGCACAGUUCUUGGAGCUGUAUAACGAAGAGAUCCUGGACCUCUUUGAUAGCUCACGAGACCCUGAUAGCCGCCACCGGAAGUCAAACAUCAAAAUCCAUGAAGAUACCAGUGGUGGGAUCUACACCACAGGUGUCACAUCACGUCUCAUUGGCUCGCAGGACGAGCUGAUUCAGUGCCUGAAGCAGGGAGCUCUCUCUCGAACCACAGCCAGCACCCAGAUGAAUGUCCAGAGCUCCCGCUCCCAUGCCAUCUUCACCAUCUACCUUUGCCAAAUGCGCGUCUGCUCCCCUGUACACUUGGUGAAUGGAGACUCCAACAGUCUCCUCGAGGGAUCCCAGCCUUCUAGUGAAUAUGAGACGCGAACAGCCAAAUUCCACUUUGUUGACCUGGCUGGCUCAGAGAGGUUGAAGCGGACUGGUGCAACCGGAGAGAGAGCCAAGGAAGGGAUCUCCAUCAACUGUGGUUUGCUAGCACUGGGGAACGUCAUCAGCGCCCUUGGGGACCAGAGCAAGAGAGCCUUGCAUGUGCCCUACCGAGAUUCAAAGCUGACUCGGCUCCUCCAAGAUUCCCUUGGUGGCAACAGCCAAACCAUAAUGAUUGCCUGUGUGAGCCCUUCAGAUCGGGAUUUUAUGGAGACCCUGAAUACCCUUAAGUAUGCCAACAGAGCUCGCAACAUCAAGAACAAAGUGGUGGUGAACCAGGAUAAGACGAGCCAGCAGAUCAGUGCCCUGCGAGCUGAAAUUGCUCGCCUUCAGCUGGAGCUCAUGGAGUACAAGGCGGGCAAGCGUGUCAUUGGAGAGGAUGGCUCUGAAGGCUACAGCGACCUGUUCCAGGAGAAUGCCAUGCUGCAGAAGGAGAACACCACUUUGCGUAUGCGUGUGAAGGCCAUGCAAGAAGCUAUUGAUGCCAUCAACAUCCGUGUCACACACUUGAUGAGCCAAGAAGCCAACUUGAUUCUUGCCAAGGCAGGUGAUGGCAAUGAGGCUAUUGGUGCUCUGAUUCAGAACUACAUCCGGGAAAUAGAGGAGCUCAGGACAAAGCUCUUGGAGAGUGAAGCUAUGAAUGAAUCACUGCGUCGUGGUCUGUCUCGAGUUUCCUCCAGGCUUCCUUAUUCCAUGGGCUUAUCUUCAUCUCCUGGGUUGGGAGCUUCAAAUAGCCCUGUCUCCUCUGCGCAAGCUGAGGCCUCAGAAGUCAUCCAGUGGGCCAAGCAAGAUGUAGAACGGUUGAAGAAGGAGACUAAGCUGCGAAAGAAAAGCCCAGAGAAAGAAGGGUUUAAGAAGAGGUUGAGGAUGCAGCAGUGUAAUGAGGCGGAUGAGACAGAUGAGAAUGAAGUGGAAGAGGAGGAACGGGAUGAGAGUGGCUGUGAGGAAGAAGGCGGCCAGGAGGAGGAAGAGGAAGAUGAUUCGGGAAGUGAAGAAAGCCUGGUGGAUUCUGACUCGGAUGUUGAAGAAAAGGCAGCAAAUUUCCAAGCUGAUCUGGCUGACCUGACCUGUGAGAUUGAGAUCAAACAGAAGCUAAUAGAUGAGCUGGAGAACAGCCAGCGGCGCCUGCAAACUCUGAAGCACCAGUAUGAGGAGAAGCUGAUUCUACUGCAGAACAAGAUCCGUGACACACAGCAAGAGAGGGACAGGGUCCUGCAAAACCUGAGUUCCAUGGAAUGCUACACAGAAGAGAAGGCGAACAAGAUCAAAGCAGAUUAUGAGAAGCGUCUAAGGGAGAUGAACAGGGACCUGCAAAAGUUGCAGGCAGCCCAGAAGGAGCAUGCCCGUCUCCUCAAGAACCAGUCGCGAUAUGAGCGAGAGUUGAAGAAGCUGAAUGCAGAAGUGGCAGAGAUGAAGAAAGCCAAGGUGGCACUGAUGAAACAAAUGCGUGAGGAGCAGCAGCGGCGCAGAUUGGCAGAGACGAAAAGGAACCGGGAGAUUGCCCAGCUGAAGAAGGAGCAGAGGAGGCAGGAGUUUCAGAUUCGAGCGCUAGAAUCUCAGAAGCGGCAGCAGGAGAUUGUACUUCGCAGGAAAACCCAAGAGGUCUCUGCUCUGCGCCGUCUGGCCAAACCUAUGUCUGAUCGGGUUGCUGGAAGAAUGAAUCAGAAGCAAACCAUGCUGGACUCGGGUGUAGAGGUCUCCACCAGCACCACCUCCUCCGAGCCAGAAUCUAGUUCUCGCUCUGUCUCCAGCAUUGUGCGCCAAUGGAAUCGGAAAAUCAACACCUUUCUGGGAGACCCUCCUUCUUCCACAAAUGGGACUCGAACAGUCAGGAAGAAGUUUGUAAAGAAAGGGGCAAACCAGACCUUCAGUAAGGCAGCCCGCAUGAAGUGGCAGUCCCUGGAGCGCCGUGUCUUUGACAUUGUCAUGCAGAGGAUGACCAUCAUCAAUCUGGAGUCGGAUAUGGAGCGACUCAUCAAGAAACGUGAGGAGCUGUCACUGAUGCAGGAGAUGCUUCUGGGGAAGAGGGAGAAGCUGCUGACAGAGAACCCUGAAGAGCAGAAGGGGCUGCAGGAGUUGAAUGAGGAGAUUGAGGUGUUGGCAGCCAACAUUGACUACAUCAAUGACGGCAUUUCUGACUGCCAGGCCACCAUAAUGCAGCUGGAAGAGACCAAGGAAGAACUGGAUUCCACAGACACUUCUGUGGUGAUCAGCUCCUGUUCUUUGGCUGAGGCACGGCUUUUGUUGGACAAUUUCCUCAAGGCAUCCAUAGACAAGAGCCUGCAGGUAGCCCAGAAGGACGCACAGAUCCGCCUGCUGGAAGGCCGCUUGAGACAAACGGAUGUGACUGGCUCCUCUCAGAACCACCACAUCCUGGAUGCCUUGCGGGAAAAGGCAGAAUCCCACCCUGAACUACAGGCGCUCAUCCACAACGUGCAGCAAGAGAAUGGCUAUGCCAGCACAGAUGAAGAAGUCUCUGAAUUCAGCUUGGCCUCAGAGGGGAGCUUUUCCCAGUCUUUCUCCAUGAAGGGCUCUGCCAGUCAGGAUGACUUCAAGUGCAGGGGGGAGCCCAAGCUGUCUGGCCAGAUGAAAGCUGUGUCUGCAGAGUGUCUAGGGCCCACACUGGACAUCUCCACCAAGAACAUCACCAAGUCGUUGGCAUCCCUCAUGGAGAUCAAAGAGGAUGGGAUUGGCUUCUCCAUCCGUGAUCCUUACUACAAGGAGAAGGUCUCCCGCACCAUCAGCUUGCCCAUCCGAGGGAGUACAUUCCCUAGACAGUCCCGUGGCGCAGACACAUCACCCCUCACCAGGAGGAAGUCAUAUGACCGGGGCCAGCCUAUCAGGAACCCAGACGUUGGAUUCACUCCUCCGUCAUCCCCUCCCAGCAGGCCACGCAAUGACCGGAAUGUUUUCUCUCGCCUCACCAGCAACCAGAGCCAGGGCUCAGCACUAGACAAGUCUGAUGACAGUGACUCCUCUGUCUCGGAGGUGCUGAGGGGCAUUAUCAACCCUGUGGGAGGGUCCAGGAGUGCCCGGACAGCUCCACUGCAAUGCAUCUCUGUGGCAGAAGGACACACCAAGCCUGUCCUGUGCCUGGAUGCUACAGAUGAAUUGUUGUUCUCUGGAUCCAAAGAUCGGAGUUGCAAAAUGUGGAACUUGGUAACUGGCCAGGAAAUUGCCUCCUUGAAAGGCCACCCAAACAAUGUGGUUUCCAUAAAGUACAGUAACCACUCUGGCCUGGUGUUCACAGUCUCUACCUCUUACAUCAAAGUGUGGGACAUCCGGGAUUCUGCAAAGUGUAUUCGCACCCUCACUUCAUCAGGCCAGGUGAUUGCCGGGGAUGCCUGUGCUGGGACCUCCACCCGCACUGUCACCAGCGUGCAAGGAGAGCACCAGAUCAACCAGAUUGCACUUAACCCCACAGGCACCAUGCUCUAUGCAGCCACUGGCAAUUCUGUCCGCAUCUGGGAGCUAAACAGGUUGCAACCCAUUGGGAAGCUGACAGGCCAUAUUGGACCAGUGAUGUGUCUCACGGUGAACAGGACUGCAAGCAACCAUGACCUGGUCAUCACAGGAUCUAAAGAUCACUAUGUCAAGAUGUUCGAGAUUGCAGAAGGCGUUGUUGGGAACAUCGGCCCCACUCACAACUUUGAACCCCCACAUUAUGAUGGCAUUGAGUGCCUAGCUAUUCAGGGAGAUGUUCUCUUCAGCGGCUCCAGGGACAAUGGCAUCAAGAAAUGGGACCUGGACCAGCAGGAGCUCAUCCAGCAAAUCCCCAAUGCACACAAAGACUGGGUUUGUGCGUUGGCCUUUGUGCCUAGCCGGCCCAUGCUGCUGAGUGCCUGCCGUGGUGGGACAGUGAAGGUCUGGAAUGUUGAUAACUUCACCCCCGUUGGGGACAUCAAGGGGCACGACAGCCCCAUCAAUGCCAUCUGCACCAAUUCUAAGCACAUAUUCACAGCUUCCAGUGACUGGACAGUGAAACUCUGGAGUGCAAGGAAGCUACUGAACAGCACAACCUAGAUAGAACCUGGGGAACUACUUGGACAUGGUGACUGUGGUGGAGGUCAUGAGAAGACAAGAUGUGGUGCUCUUGUUGAGCCUGGCUUGCAAGGGUAGGACGUACUUAGCUUCCUGCCAGAAUCUCACACACUCAGGGCUUCAGGAAAAGAUGGCACCCUGGCUUUUUGGUACCAUGUGCCCCAGUGAGUGAGUUGGUUGGAUGGUGCGAGGGAGCCUUCUUUCCUUUCCAGUUUCCAUGCUCCAUGUCUCUUUGCUUGGUAGGAUUUUGCAAUGACGCUGAACUGUGAAACAAAGCUGAGGCAUCUGAGAGCAUUUCUCCCAUCAGAAUCCACAUGCCACCCAAACAGGAACACCCCCCCCCCAAAGCUAUGUGAGAAGCUCUGCAAAAUAGGUGGUUUUAGGUGUUCAUAGGCCAAGGGGGGUUAUCAAGGAAAGAUGCAAGAAACCUCAUUCCUCACUCCAUAACGCCUGAGCGAUCCAUACCCAUAGACUCCUAUGGUCACCUGUGCCCUGUUUAUGGCAUUCCUUCAAAGCUUAACAGUGAAACUGACCAGAGGAAAUCUAAACAGGCCAGCUGCUUCCUGUAUGUGUUUCCGGCAUAGCUGAUAGUUGUGUUUUAGAGGGUAUUUCUUGUUCUAGUUAGAUCUUUCAUGAGUGUUAAUGUGCUGGCUUCCUUUCUCUUACUUCCACCACUGAUGGGCUGUGUGUAUGUGUGUGUUAUUUUCUGAAGGGGGAAAGGGUGGGUGGAAAAAUUAAGCCACCUUUUUUUAAAUGUUAAGCACAUGUGAUAUUUCUCAGUUUUCACUCCAAAAGUAGAAUCGCCAAAGGUUUUCAUUUUCAAAUGCUAGAGCCCUACCGAGAGAACAUAAAAAAGAAAAAUCUCUACUGUGUAAGUGAGGCCUGUCAAAUGGGUGAUGGAUAAUAUAGGAUUUGGAUUAUCACUUUUUCUUCAGCUGUGGAAUCAAGAUUUCUGUUAGUUUGGAAGAAUGGUUGCUUUCUGUAUUCCAGCUUCAGACUUGAAAUUGUAAUGCCGUUCCCCUUUUUCAUAGUGCUAGAUAUCCCAGGAAAAAAAGAUGUGAGCUACUGGAAUAUGUUUUUGGAUUUUCCCUGGGAAAGUCUUCUCAGGCAGCCUGAGGAAAAACAUGCAUUAUUUCAAUUUGUGAAGCUGUUUACGUUGUCCUGUUCCAAUAAGAGAAAAUAAUAAUGGCAGCAGAAACUGACUCUCUCCCCUCAGACGGAGAAAGGACCCUUUAAGUAUUGGAACAGAAAUGUGUGCGUUUUUUCUUUAGAUUUUUAACAGGGUAAGAAACACUUGAACAAGCGUGUGGUGAUGCAUUCCUGUGUUCACAUUUCCCCAGAUGUGGGAUGAUGAGACUUGCCCUCUUAGUCUUGCCCCACCACCUGUUUACUUACACCUGCUUGGAAUCCGUUCACGUCAAUACUCAUGUCUUUAUAAUAGACUCUGCCACGAAUAAGCAGGAGAAGCUUCUCUCUGUGCUUCAAUCAACUUGAACUUUCACUGGUGGAGUUUCAACCCAUUUAAGUGUUCUCAUGGACCCUCUGUGAGCAUCACUUUGCAAGAGAUGACGCUUUCUGUUUGUGCGUAACACAGCAGGGCUGUCCCAGCCCUCACUGGAGAGUCACAGACUCAAAACCUUCGUUUCCUCCCUUGGCUGUUAAUAUGUGGCAUAAAUGAACGUUUGACAUGCAUUGUGCUCUCCUACCCAAGGACCAAGUUCAUGCCUCAGCCAGCAGACUUGGGGUAAGCAGCACACUGGUGGAUCAUUCCACAGGUCUGCCCUCUGGUUUAUAAGAGUCUUCUGCUCUAAUAAACUGGGCUUGGGUGUGAACUUCAUCCACUCCAUGCAGUGAAGCUGCAGAUUCUUCCAUUGGGAGUAGGUUGUUGUACUGUAAUUCCGUAUGGGUGUUCAAAAGGUUCUGUGUAUUGUCUUGUGCAUUAUUUGGGGGGUGGGGGAGCAGGAGGGAGAGGGGUGUGUGUAUGUGCACGCGCAUGAGUGAAAUUUUAAAAGGGUGAAGGCUUGUUUUGAGUUAACCUACCUCAUGGUCCAAGGUGUCUAGUUCUACUCUUUGGGGGUUUUUUAUGUUAAUAAAACUUGAAUUAGUCUGGGGAACGCACAUUACCACUGACCCCCUAAGUCCCAAAAGUGUGAUGAAGGCAAGGUGAAAGCAAGUGUGUUCCUUGCUUUGCCUUUGCUGUUGUCUGAUUUACAUUCAAGCUCACAGCUUGUACUGUGUCCACCAGCAGCACCAAUUUUAAUAAGCCCUUCUUAAAUGUUAAGACUGAUUAUUUAUUGAAUCAUUGUGUCCUUUGCAGUCUUCUCGCGACUUAGCAUUCUCAACUGAGAAUAACAGAGAGGUCCAAGUGAUUCAAGCCUUGGAAGAGGGACCAUCUUCCAUCGGUAAUGAAAUCAGCACAAUCCUCACGCCUUCACAUGGCUACACGAGCUAUCUUGCCCGAUACUUUCAGAAGCUUGUAGUCCACUUGUGAAUGUAGUUGCCUGUAAAAAAAAUAUAUUCUAGGAAUACAUUGUGAAUUAGCUGCACACAGUUCACCUAAAACUUCCUCCAUUCUUACUUGGAGGAAGUCUGUUUAGUACAAGAAAUAUGAAAUGUCUUGUAAAGUAUUACUUGAUAUACCUGAAAGCACUGUGCCCGACGGCACUCUGCUUAACUGUUAAAUUAUUGACCAUAUUGCCAUAUAGUCCCAUGUGCCUCAGUGCUAUUGCUAGCUUUUUAGGUAUGGGAUUAUAUUUUCUCAUAUUGAAGAAGCUACCCCCCUCUCUCUUUAUUUUUUAAUAGUCCUGAUCCAAGUGACGUGACAAAGUGCAAAACCCUUCAACUGAAAUUGAGUGCAAACCAAGAGAGCCAUUUUACCUCCUCUGAACAGUUACGUGAAGCACACGGUGGGAAGGGUCAGAAUAACCAAGCUGAAAACCUGGUCUGCUUUGAGUAGCCCUUGGGAGUAAAUGUGCAUGUUCAUUAAGAGGGCACUGUCAUUAACGAGACUCAAAAGUGGGUUUGCACAACCUGCUUGAUUCAUCCAGCAGCCCUGGGAAAAUCUCUGCCAGGUUUUCCUGGUGUUCUUAAGGCUUUGCUUCAGCAAUAGGCCUCCUAGUGGUAGGAUAACAUGCACCACGCCUGCAUUCCAAGAAAGGAACUGGGGUGAAAGACAGCCCCCCCUAAGGUGCAUAAACACCAUAGGCCCGUUUGCUCCACCUCUUGGUUUAUGUAUACAUAUAUAAUCAUGUUUCAAUUGACAGGUGCCUUUUCUUGCCCUGAAAAGUGUUUUCUCCCCCUCAAGGCUGGCGUGUGAGAUCAGGGCUUCUUUGGGGGUUUUGUACCAUCAGGCAAAAUGGUCACACGUAUGUAUGUGUGUGCGCGUGUGUACAUGAUAAGGUGUGUAAUUAUUUUAUACCGCUAUGUAAAUAGUGUAAGUUAUUUAAAGCUCCCGCUGUACAUGGUUUUCCAAUGAAUGUGUUUGUUCCUCCUCUUAAUAAAUAAGCAUCAA